UUGGAAGGGACAGCCCCCGUAUUUGUGAGUCACAAGGCUGGCCGCACAAAGGGGCGGAAGGGUUAGCGUAUGGGGGUCACAUGGAACCGAAAAGGUUGUCCAUUUCAUGCAUCUCUCACAACGAUAGAGAACUGGGAGCCUCCCUGUAGCGUGGAGGCGCGGAUCCCUGCUGGCCAUUGCAUUUAUGUAUAAUGCGAUCCCCUUGCUGACCGACGUUGCUUUCCGUUGCCCUUUCAACAUUGCAAUCGUAACCCGGACCACCGGCUUGCUACCACGGCAUACCUUCCUCUCGGCGAUACUUCAUACCCCUCCGACCACCUUCGCUCUCCUCCGAUGCUCGAACCUGAUACCCGUGCUGCCUUGAUGGAUCGCGAAACGAUACAUGAUCACCACGACGGUGCACAGCGCGGCCACGAGUACUACGAAAGCCGCUCAGGCAGCGCAGGCAUGUACAACAACGGCUACGCCGCCUCCUCCAAUGGUGGCCAUGGGCCUUCUGGCGGCUCAAUGGACCACUCUUCUGCGACGAUGGUCGGCGGCCAUAGCAAUCCUGCUAACCAUGGUCGGCAGCCGUCGGCGAGCGGCAACCCGUUCUACGCGCAGGGCGAUGACCCGAGCUAUGCGUCCAGCUUCACACACGGCCCACCCGCCGAAUAUGCGGCUGGCUACGAUGAUGAGGCUAAGAUGCCGCUUACUGAAGAGAAGUUCGGCCCCAGCCCAGGGUAUCCGCCUUCUGCGCCGUAUGGCAUGCCGGAUCCAAGCAACUUUGCUGUGCCAAUGUUGCAGUAUGGCCAGACGAGCACGGCAUUUUCGGGUCUUUCGGGCGGCGAGCUCGGGCCGGACGACAGCGCGUCGCAAGUGGCGUGGGCGCGUCGUCAACAAGGUCCCAAACGCGGGCUGACGCGCAAAGUCAAGCUGACCAAGGGCAACUGGAUCGUCGAGCAUCGCGUCCCGACGGCCAUUAAAAACUCCAUUGAACCCAAAUGGGCGCAGGGGAGUAGGUCGACCGAGUUCACCCACAUGCGCUACACGGCCGCCACGUGCGAUCCGGACGAGUUUACGCUGGAGAAUGGCUGGUCGCUGCGCGCCAACUCUCAAUACCACCGCGAUACCGAGCUGCUCAUCGCCAUCACCUAUUACAACGAAGAUCGCAUUUUGCUUGCGCGCACGCUCCAUGGCGUCAUGCUCAACAUCCGUGACAUCUGCAAGAGCAAGUCGUCCAAGUUCUGGCGACGCAGCGCAGAGGAAGGCCGACCGGGCUGGCAGCGUAUUGUCGUGUGUCUGAUAUUUGACGGAAUCGACCCUUGCGACAAGGAGGUGCUGGACCUGCUCGCGACCGUGGGUGUCUACCAAGAUGGAAUCAUGAAGAGAAAAGUCGAUGGCAAGGACACUGUGGCGCACAUCUUCGAGUACACGACGCAGCUUUCCGUCGACGCCAAGCCGUCGCUGAUCCAGCCGCAUGGCGACGACCCGGCGAACCUGGUACCGGUGCAAAUGCUGUUCUGCCUGAAGCAAAAGAACAGCAAGAAGAUCAACUCGCAUCGGUGGCUCUUCAACGCCAUCGGUAGGCACUUGCAGCCCGAAAUUUGCGUCCUGCUCGAUGCCGGCACUAAGCCCGGCCCGCGCAGCCUGUACUACCUCUGGGAGGCGUUCUACAACGACGCGCAUCUCGGCGGCGCCUGUGGAGAGAUUCAUGCAAUGAUACAGGGCGGCAAAAAGCUGAUCAACCCGCUCGUCGCUGCGCAAAAUUUUGAGUACAAGAUGUCCAACAUCCUCGACAAGCCGCUCGAGUCAUCCUUUGGCUACGUCAGCGUGCUGCCUGGCGCGUUUAGCGCAUACCGCUUCAAAGCGAUCCAAGGCCGUCCGCUAGCGCAGUACUUUCACGGAGACCACACGCUCGCGGAUCGGCUCGGCAAGAAGGGCCUGCAUGGAAUGGGCAUCUUCACGAAGAACAUGUUCUUGGCCGAGGACCGCAUCCUGUGCUUUGAGCUGGUGGCUAAAGCGGGCGCCCGAUGGACGCUGACAUACGUCAAACCCGCCAAGGGAGAGACUGACGUGCCGGAAGGUGCUGCGGAGCUCAUCUCGCAGCGUCGCAGGUGGCUUAAUGGCUCGUUCGCCGCGUCGAUCUACUCCCUGGUCCACUUCUUCCGCAUCUACCGGAGCAACCACUCGAUCCUGCGCCUGUUCUUCUUCCACAUCCAGGCGCUCUACAAUGCUUUCACGCUUCUCUUCUCCUGGUUUGCGCUUGCCAAUUUGUGGCUGACGUUCUCGAUCAUCAUCGACUUCGUGCCGAACGUCCUGCUGAAGAGCUCGAGUGGCACGGUGCAGGACAUUCUGCACUGGGUCAACCUCGCGUGCAAGUGGGUCUACGUCUUCUUUCUCGUCCUGCAAUUCGUCUUGGCGCUCGGCAACCGGCCCAAGGGCGAGAAGAACACGUACAUCAUCUCGUUCAUCGUCUUUGGGCUGCUUGGCAGCUACCUGAUCGCCAUCUCGCUCUGGCUGACGAUCAAGGCAUUCCUGACGACCAACUUUAGCUCUGGCGCCGAGUUUUUCAAGACAUUCAUCGCGGGGCAGAACUCAACGCUGGUGUUGAUCGCGGCGCUGACGGCGACGUUCGGCGUGUAUCUUGUCGCGUCCCUGAUGUACGCAGACCCGUGGCACAUGGUGACGUCGUUCCCACAGUACAUGCUGAUUGCGCCGUCGUUCAUCAACAUCCUCAACGUGUACGCGUUCUGCAACCUGCACGACGUCUCGUGGGGGACCAAAGGCUCGGACAAGGCGGACGCGCUGCCGACGGUGGACACCAAGAAGAGCAAGGGCCCCGACGGGACGAUCGAAGAGAUCGAGCAGGAGCAGGAGGACAUUGACAACAACUUCCGCAACGUCGUCUCGCGCGCUGUCGCGCCGUACCACCCCGUUCAGGUGGCGGAGAAGCCGACGAUCGACGACAGCAACAGGACGUUCCGCACCCGCCUCGUCGCAUUCUGGCUGCUGACGAACGGCGGACUGACAAUCGCGAUCGAGAACGUUAACGGGCUCAACCGCGGCGUCUCGCAGGACCAGGUCGACGCGCAGCAGCACAACAAGCAGACGACAUACUUCCAGUUCAUCCUCUGGACCACGUUCUGCCUCUCCGUCUUCCGCUUCAUUGGCUUCUUUUGGUUCUGGAUCAAGCGAAAUACGACUCGUUGGUUCCGCAAGACGUAGACGGCCGCGGAGGCAUCGCUGUUGUGGCUCCAGGCCAAAUGGCCGCUGCAACGCGCAGAGCUCUGAACAACAAGAGCUGCAAAGAGUUUCAACGGACGCUUAUUCCAUGUUUUGGGUGCGUUGGAUGGUAACGAACACGCUGUUUCGGCCGGGUUCGAGCACGCGGCGUGGAUACAAUAAUAUAUAGCAUGGCCUCCAUUAAUCAUCAAUGCAUUUCUUCUCGUC